UUCAACUCUGUAGCUUGGCAGAUAAAGAACCAUGAAGUGUAUGAUUGCCCUUGUACUCCUCGGAGUUGCUGCUGCUGAGGCUAGUUAUGGUUAUGGAGGAUAUGGCAGAAGUUAUGGCGGCUAUGGAGGAUAUGGUGGAUAUGGAGGAUAUGGUGGAUAUGGACAUGGAUAUGGACAUGGAUAUGGCAAGAGGUCUGCUGAAGCUGAGCCUGAACCAACUGCUGUAGCUGCUGCUGAACCUGAAGCUGAUGCCUCCUAUGGAUAUGGAGGAUAUGGCAGAAGUUAUGGUGGAUAUGGAGGAUACGGCAGAAGCUAUGGUGGAUAUGGACAUGGUUAUGGCCAUGGGUAUGGCAAGAGGUCUGCUGAUGCUGAGCCUGAACCAACAGCUGUAGCUGCUGCUGAACCUGAAGCUGAUGCCUCUUAUGGAUAUGGAGGAUAUGGCAGAAGUUAUGGAGGAUAUGGCAGAAGUUAUGGUGGAUAUGGUGGAUAUGGAGGAUAUGGCAGAAGCUAUGGUGGAUAUGGACAUGGUUAUGGCAAGAGGUCUGCUGAAGCUGAGCCUGAAGCUGAUGCCUCUUAUGGAUAUGGAGGAUAUGGCAGAAGUUAUGGAGGAUAUGGAGGAUAUGGCAGAAAUUAUGGUGGAUAUGGCAGUUAUGGCCAUGGUUAUGGCAAGAGAUCUGCUGAUGCUGAGCCCUCUUAUGGAUAUGGUGGUUAUGGUGGAUACAGCAGAGGAUAUGGGUAUGGAGGUUAUGGUUAUGGCCAAGGCUAUGGAUAUCAUGGUUAACUCUAUGGUUAGUGAAAUACCAAGAGUGCAGAGUUGAAUUGUCUGAAUUAAAAUAAAAUUAUAAAACUAUUAAAA